AAUAUCCUUUUUUUUCUUAAGCGAUGUAAUGCUGUGGUGUAUCAAGUUGUGACGCACUUACACAUUUCUGUAAUAAAGAAGAUUGAAAGCGUGCUUAUAAUAAAUAUAGCACACCAUACCACUUUUAUUAGUUCAUCAAAAAAAUCAAAAUUGCAAAUAAAACAACGACCAUGCCUAAACGUGGAGGAGGAAGACCAAGAAAUAAUUGGAAAAAUGGUGCUCCUAGUUGCUUCGAACAUGACGACCGCAUUCACCAUACAGGAAGGCGAGUUAUGUUCAAACAAAGUCACAACAAAGGAAAAAACAAUAAGUUUAAAAAUUGGAAUGAUGCUAAAAUACUUUUUGAUGAUGAUGUUGAUAUGGGAGCAUCUGGUAAUGCACAAAAUAGAAGAGGUGCUUACAGAGGUAGAGGAGGUCGACUUGGGUCACCACCGCCACGGCCAUCCCAGCACAAAAAGAAAUUCAUAACAGGGGUUCUGCCAUGGUACCAAAUAACUGUACCUUAUGGAGCUAAGCAUGAAAAGGAUGUCAUAUUAAAAGUUUUGCUCAGUCACAUAUCACCGGAAGUGUUUAUACCACACUACUUCAAGAUUGAAGGAAACUCUGCAAUAUUCUAUGUGGAUGAUGUAAAGGUUGCUGAAAAGUUAUUUCAUGCAGAUCGAAAAAUAACAAUGCCUAAUGGUUUCAAGUUGGUGGUUAUUGUUCGCAAUGCAGUACCAAGAAUUAAUAUUACUGAUGAUAUGAAAGAAAAAAUGAAGUUGGCUAUGGCUAAACGCUAUAACCCUACAACAAAGGCUCUAGAUUUAACAAAAUUCCAUGCAGAUCCCGAUCUUGUGGAUGUUUUCUGUGCACUGUUUCGCCCAAUCAUUAUGUUGGCUGCCGUGGAUAUAAUUGCUGAAAAUAUACCAGAUUUGGAAGCUUUAAAUUUAAAUGAUAAUAAGCUACAUGGACUUGAACAUUUAAAGAUAUUAGCCACGAAAUUUAAAAAUUUGAAAAUUUUAUAUAUGGGUGACAAUCGGAUACCAUCAGUGGCUCCACUAGAAGCGUUAAAGGCUCUUCCGCUAGUUGAACUAUAUCUUAAAGGGAACCCCCUUGUGAACAGGUUCAAUGAUAUUGAAACCUACAAAAGUGAGGUCCGGCGAAAGUUUCCGAAGCUGACGCGAUUGGACGGCGAAGAUCUCCCACCCCCUAUUGGUUUCGACAUACCGGACGACGUAUCACUGCCACCAGCACAACAAUCAUUCCUCGUUGACCCCAACGGCCAAGAACUUAUCAAAGAAUUCCUAAAGCAAUAUUUUGCUAUAUAUGAUUCAGAAUCGCGACAGCCAUUACUCGAUGCUUACCAUGAAUCGGCGACUUUUUCGCUGGCAGCCAGUUAUUUGAGCACGGACAAUCGGAACACCAAUUCAACUAAUAAGCUCAACACAUACAUCGUGAGCAGUCGUAAUCUUAUGAGAAUAACAGACAGAGAUCACAGACGAAGAUAUCUCAAAACAGGCAAAUUGCAAGUUGUGUCACUGCUCUCCGAGUUACCAAAGACCACACAUGAUUUAAUGGGCUUCGCUGUUGAUUUAGUUAUAUUUAAUCCAAACAUGGUAGUACUAACAAUGAAUGGAGUAUUCAAAGAAAUAAUGACUACGGGGACACCUCUCCGAUCCUUCCAUCGGACAUUUGUGAUAGUUCCGAAUAAUUCUGGUGGAUUCAGCAUACUUAAUGAUAUGUAUUUCAUAACAAAUGCAACUAAACAGCAGGAGGACAAAGCGUUUUCAACAUCAACACCAGCUUCAGUCCCCGCUCCAACUCCAACGCCCGCUGCUCCCGCAAUUCCCGUUGUGACGCCAGCAGCGCAACCCGUUGCCGGUACUUCGCAAGAAGACACGCAGAAGAUGAUGCUAAACAUGCUUAGCCAACAGACUGGCAUGAACGAACAUUGGAGUAUAAACUGUCUUCAAGAAACGGGUUGGGAUUAUCAGCGGGCAUUAUUUAUUUUCAACCAACUGCAAUCAGAAGGAAAAAUACCACAAGAAGCCUUUGUGAAGUGAUUAUAGACUCUAUUUUAGAUAUAAUGUUUUCGCAUGUAAGCUAAUUGCAUGCAAGAGAUUUGUGUUAAGCAUAUUCUAGUUAACUGCAAACCAAUGGAAUAUGGCGAUAUUCCCUUUGUUUUCAGUUAUAUGUUGUAUUAAUCUUAAUUGUUUAGAGUAUAGACCCAAACGCUUUAAAAAAUAUUGUUCUCUUUGUUUUGGUUUAAUAUGUAUAGAUUUUAUAUGGUAUUGUAUUUCAAAAUUGUAAAAUGUCUAAUUUAGUUGAACGAAUAUUGCAACGUCCAAAUCUUCCAAUUGACUGGAAAUUAGUUUCGUCAAAAUUCGGACGUUUCAGUAUUUGUCUCUUGUAAUUUUUUCAACCAUUGUUAUUUACUGUUUCUUGUACUUUCAUUGUGUACUUUAUCUGAAAUUUCGUACUUGGAAAUCCAAUUAUUUUUAAUCAAAUUUAAUUUAAAGUAAUUCAGUCCCUACAAAAAUAAAAAAAAAUGAAAGAGAAUGUCAAAAGUUGAUUUGGGAAAAUAACUGCACAUUGGGCUUUGGCGACCUCUAUCGGCCAGUUUUAUGUUGCCUUUUGUACCCCGGAGUGGGUUUUAUGGUUAGGGGUUUGAUACCCCGUUGAAUGUGGCGGAACCCCUUAGAUGAUCUAUGUGGGCUAGCUGCAUAAUUGUUAACCAAAUCUGGCGAUCGUUUUACUCGGCUGUGUGUUUGGAAGCCUGCCUAAGUGCGGUUUAUUGGGGAUGCAUAGAAACUAGAUAUAUGAAUAAAUUUUUUUUUACAAA